UGUCGGGCCAGUGUCAUCAAAACGUUGUCUACGCCGGACUUUGAAAAUCCCGCGUCGUCUAAGCCGGACUUUGGAAAGAUCCAAGUGAAACGUCGGUGCGCGGGUCGGUGUUGACUGAGGCGUCGGGAGCGAGUCUCUCUACCAGGAUGGCCCAGUGGCAGCGACUGAAUCAGCUGCAUGCUGUUUACCGGCAGCAGUUGCACGAGCUCUAUGACAGAGAUUCCUUCCCCAUGGAUGUUCGGCAUUACCUAGCUUCCUGGGUAGAGAAACAGCAAUGGCUACGUGCGGCCCGGGACCAUGAUUUGGCCAUGGUACUGUUCCAGGUGCUGUUGGAGAAUCUGGACAUCCAGCACAGCCGCUUUGUACAGGAGGAGUCAUUUCUGAUGCAACAUAACAUCAGACGCUACAAACAGAACUUUCAGAGGUUCCAGGAGGAGCCGUGUACCUUGGCUGGGGUAAUCCACUGGUUCCUAGAGAAAGAAAAGGAGAUCUUGCAGAGCGCCGAGCUGGCCGAGCAGGUCCAGUUGCUGCAUGUGGAGCAGGAACACAUGGAAACGGACCACCAGAACCUCGAGCGUAAAAUGGCAGGUCUCAAAAAUGACGUGCAGUGCAUGGAACGUACUUUGAUUUGCCUAGAGGAACAACAGGAUGAGUUUGAUUUUAAAUACAAAACCCAUGAGAUGGAAGCGUUGGCAAAUGAGGCCGCAAAGAGAGACCAGUUGGCGGUUGUGCAGAUGCUUCUCAACAGGGUGAACACCUGUAGAAAGACAGUGCUGUCAGAUUUCACCAAGAUUUUGGACAGGUCCGAGGAGCUGAAAGUGAUGUUGGUGCAGAAGGAGUUGGUGGAGUGGCAGAGGAGGCAGCAGAGAGCCUGCAUUGGAGCGCCAGACAACACCUGCCUGGAUCAUCUCGAGAAGUGGUUUACCUGCGUAGCAGAGUGCCUGUUCCAGGUACGCAAGUUUCUUAUGAAGCUAGAGGAGCUGAUGGGAAAGUUGUCCUAUGAGCAUGACCCCGUAAAGGCCAAGAAACCGAUUUUGCAGAAGAGAGUUGAUGCCAUUCUGACAGAUCUACUGAAGAGCGCUUUCGUGGUCGAGACUCAGCCGUCGAUGCCUCAGGGUAAAGGCCCCUUGGUCCUGCGCACAAAUGUCCAAUUCUCUGUGAAGACCAGACUUUUGGUUAAAUUUCCCGAGCAGAACCAUGCCAUGAAGGUGAACGUGUCCAUGGACAGGGAGGCUCCCCAGAUAAAAGGGUACCGGCGUUUUAAUGUCCUUGGAACGAACAGCAAGGUUCUCAACAUGGCAGAGAGCCACAGCGGAGGCAUGGUGGCCGACUUCAGACAUUUGACUUUGAAGGACCAAAAGUCUGGAGGAGGAGGAAAGGGCAUCAGUGAAAUCUGUCUCAGUAUUACAGAGGAGCUGCACAUCUUCACCUUUGACACUGUGUUUGAGCUGCACGGCGUGAUGGUUGACCUGCAGACGUCCUCACUUCCUGUGGUCAUCAUCUCAAACGCCAGCCAGCAGCAGAGUGCCUGGGCCUCCAUCCUCUGGUUUAACAUGCUGUGUCAAGACACGAAGGACAUUUAUUUCUUUGCCAACUGCCCUGUGGCCAGUUGGGAGCAGCUGGGGGAGAUGUUGAGCUGGCAGUUCCUCUCUGCUACUGACCGCGGUCUGGAUCAUCUGCAGCUGGAGAUGAUUGCUCUGAAGCUCUUUCGGAAGCAGCAGGACUACUCUGCAUGCAAAAUCACUUGGUCUAAAUUCAGCAAGGAGAAUGCGCCCGAUGUCGGCUUCACCUUUUGGGUGUGGUUCGAUGGCAUCUUGGUGAUGGUGAAAAUGUACUUGGAAAAGCUCUGGAAAGAUAACUGUAUCAUGGGCUUUGUUUGUAAAGCCAAAGAGAAAGCCCUCUUACAGAAAAAACAGAGAGGGACAUUCUUGCUGCGCUUCAGUGAAAGCAUCAGAGAUGGAGGGAUCACCUUCUCCUGGGUGGAUUACUCACCAAAAGGUGUGCCUAUUGUCAGGUCAGUGAGGCCCUUCACCAGGGUAGACCUGUCCCAGAUCCCCUUCCCUGAAAUCAUCAGAAAUUUCCAGAUAUUCGAGGACGAGAACGUUCCAAAUAAUCCUCUGAUUCACCUCUACCCUAACAUCCCCAAAGAUGAGGCUUUUGGAAAAUACUACUCUGAGAAAACUGGAGAUGACAGCCCAUAUAUCAAAUACAUCAAAACCAAGCUGGUAUUCGUUUCUAAGGAGAAGAGAGUGGAGGCUGAGUCAUCUGUGGAUUCUGACAUGGCGGCGGCCGAUGGCGUGAUGCUUGAGAGUGAGCCAUGUGGUGAGGGGGAUGACCUAAAUGGGGAUCUGCAUGCUAUGGAGCAACACCUGAUGCCUCAUCCUGACCCCAUGCUGUGUGAUACGGUGGAAAACCCGGGUGAAGAACUGCCCCAGCUCCAGCUUUUUGAUGCCAUUGACUUAUUAAAUUACCCUGAUGAUCAUUUCCCGUCUUAUGGGCAGGAGUUCCCUGAUGUGAGUUUGCAAGAGUUUGCCAUCCCCCCCAUGCAGCCAUGCGGAGGCAUGUACCAGUGAGCCGCCACCAUCGCAGUGGGCAUGAUGUUAGUCUGAAUCAUAUCAUUCCAACUUGACAUCUCUAUCCAUAACCACUUCCGCAUCUCUCUGUCCAUAACCACUUCCACAUCUCUGUCCAGAUCCACUUCCGCAUCUCUAUCCAUAACCACUUACGCAUCUCUGUACAUAACUACUUCCGCAUCUCUGUCCAUAACCACUACCGCAUCUCUAUCCAUAACCAUUUCCGCAUCUCUAUCCAUAACCAUUUCCGCAUCUCUAUCCAUAACCACUUACGCAUCUCUUUCCAUAACCACUUCCGCAUCUCUGUACAUAACUACUUCCGCAUCUCUGUCCAUAACCACUACCGCAUCUCUAUCCAUAACCACUUACGCAUCUCUGUCCAUAACUACUUCCGCAUCUCUGUCGAUAACCACUACCGCAUCUCUGUCCAGAAACAAUUCCGCAUCUCUGUCCAUAACCACUUACGCAUCUCUGUCCAGAACCGCUUCCACAUCUUUCUAUCUAUAACCACUUCCACAUUUCUAUCCAGAUCCACUUCCGCAUCUCUCUGUCCAGAACCACUUCUGCAUCUCUAUCCAUAACCACUUCCACAUCUCUAUCCAUAACCACUUCCGCAUCUCUGUCCAUAACCGCUUCCACAUCUCUAUCCAGAACCACUUCCACUGCAACAUACGCAUCACACAGUUGAAGCCUGCACGGCGGCUCUAACUGAAGCUAUUGUCUUUUCUUUUCUUGUUGCUGAACAGGAAGUGAUACGUGAUGCUUUGGAUGUCACGUGACGUUCAGCAGGGUGUUAUGAGCUUCCGGAACUGAUACACUAAACCAUCUGCUUCUGCUGCUAAGAAACGCUUGUUUAACAGUCACUGGUUCUGGUUACAAAGUGAACAGUCCAGAACAGUCUUUUGUAACCAGGUAGUUGUGUUUGUUGUGCUCCUUCUGAAACCACAUGCUGUACACGGGUAGGCUCAGCUGCACAUCCUGGUAUUUUACUUUUCUAGUCGUCUCUCGUGUUGGUCAGGACAGGGAGCAGUUUGCUUUGCUGUGUAACUUGCUCAUUUUGAAAGACACAGUAUAAACGGGACGGCACGGUGGCACAGUGGUUAGCGCGGUCGCCUCACAGCAAAAAGAUCCUGGGUUCAAACCCCAGGGUAGUCCAACCUUGGGGGUCAUCCCGCGUCGUCCUCUGUGUGGAGUUUGCAUGCUCUCCCCGUGUCUGCAUAGGUUUCAGGUGAAUCGGCUGUACUAAGUUGUCCCUAGGCGUGAAUGUGUGGGCCCUGUGCGAUGGCCUGGUGGCCUGUCCAGGGUGUCUCCCCGCCUGCUGCCCAAUGACUGCUGGGAUAGGCUCCAGCAUCCCCGUGACCCUCAGAGCAGGAUAAGCGGUUUGGAUAAUGGAUGGAAAUGGACAGUAUAAACAGACACUUCUCAUGGAUCACCUCCCAAGAAAAUGUGUGUGGUGUCCGGGUAGCGUAGCGGUCUAUUCCGUUGCCUGCCAACACGGGGAUCGCCGGUUCGAAUCCCCAUGUUACCUCCGGCGUGGUUGGGCAUUCCAUCCAUUAUCUGAGCCGCUUAUCCUGCUUCCAGUCGCAGGGAUGCUGGAGCCUAUCCCAGCAGUCAUUGGGCGGCAGGCGGGGAGACACCCUGGACAGGCUGCCAGGCCAUCACACAGGGUCGACAUACACACACAUUCAUACCUACGGGCAAUUUAGUACAGCUGAUUGGUCGGGCGUCCCAACAGACACAAUUGGCCAUGUUUGCAGUUGGGAAGCCGGAUGUGGGUCUGUGUCCUGGUCGCUGCAGUAGUGCCUUCUGUGGUCGGUCGAGGCACCUGUUCGGGGGGGAGGGGGAACUAGGGGGGAUAGUGUGAUCCUCCCAUGCGCUACAUUGCCCUUGUGACACUGCUCACUGUCAGGUGAAAAGAAGCGGCUGGCGUCUCCCCAUGUAUGGGAGGAGGCAUUUGGUAGUCUGCAGCCCUCCGCGGGUCGGCAGAGGGGGUGGAGCAGCGACAGGGACGGCUCGGAGAGCGGGGUAAUUGGUCAAGUGCAAUUGGGGAGAAAAAGGGGGGAAAAGAAAAAAAGAAAAUAUGUGUGACCACUGAACCACCUGUACACCCUUUUAUAGUGUGUCUCAUCAUCACUUCAUUCAAGCAUUUCUUGAGAUGCUCAUCACGUACCUUUCUAGUGGGCAGGAAGACUUAGAGUAUGGCUUCACCUCAGUUGCUGAAGACUGUUUGCAGUGACUGCACAUGUUCUGCACAGGUUCUGAAGGUCUGCUCUGAACUGUGAAGCUGUUUGUGAAACCGCCAUGUAGCCUGUCAGACAGCUUAUAGGGCUCUUGUGGCAAAUGCACCUUAAACAUUGUACUUCCUCGUUUCUGCGGCACUUUCCCUUUACUUCCCCAUCCUGUUAGAAAAUGAAAGCUAAGACUGUCUUACUGGAAAUAAAGUUGAAAGAUUGAAUAAGUUGAGUAAUUGGAGGGGUGGGGUGUUUGUUUACUAAUAAAACAAUGGUACU